AAGACGCUGUGACAAGCAGCAUAACCUUUUGCAAGGUGCACGAAAAGCGCAACAAGUGCAAUAACAAGAGUGUAAUUUAAAUAUUUCCUUGCAAUUGGAAUGUGCUCGAGAGUAAAUUACGGGAUAUUGCGAUCGUCUUGCUACUAUUGCGCUUCGUGGGAACGUGUAAUAUUUGGAGUACAUGUAGAGUCAAACAAAUAAUGAAGGGGUUAUUGUAUCUUAUCACGGAGUUUUAUUGUUCGAAUAUCGUCAAAUUACACCAUGUACAAAAAGAUUAUGAGAAAAUAAUUUAAUUGGUAACUGUGACAGCUACGACAGUAGAAAACUUUUGACUUAGUUGUACUCAGUUUUUCUGAGAACUGUGCGAGAAGAUGAUAUUGUCUAUUUGACGAAACUGCACGGAUAGAGAGUAAUAUUACAAAAUGCCACAUCCGUGCAUCGUAUGCGGUCGUUCGCGUAUGAAUCCAAGCAACAAGGAAGAGGAGUACACAUUCUUUGGAUUUCCUGUAAACGACGAAGAUCGAUGUAAGAAGUGGCUGGAAUUUUGUUGCCGCGAAGAUCUGUAUAAAUUGACAAAGAAACAGCUGCUCCAACGAAUGGUCUGUUCGAAACACUUUGAACAAGGCGAUUUCAUAAGCGAUCAUCUGUCAUAUCAAGAUAAAUUAAGUUGUAUCGCAGUACCCUCAAUCUAUGAUCCUAAGCAAAGUUUAUACAACAUAACCUGUGUAGUAUGCGGCCGAUCCCGUCGAGAUCCACCAGGUGCAGAUUACGAUGGAGCAACCUUUCACCAUUUCCCUGGCGAAGAAUUCAGAUGUCUGAAGUGGCUCGAUUUCGUCGGAGUAGAUUCAUACUAUAGAUUGACAAGGAAAGAAAUUUUGUUCUGUUACAUUUGUUCAAAACAUUUUGACCGGUCUCAGUUCAUGACUGGUUACAAGAACAGAUUAGUAGAUAAUGCUAUCCCUACUAUUAGAAAUCCCGAUGUACUAGAUGGAUCUGAACAAUAUGUUACGGAAUAUGUAUCUGAACCCAAGGGUACCUCCUCUGAGGAAACAAAAAGUCCUCUAUCACUAUCUGUUUUAGACAGUCAGGCAUGUGCUGCUUGCGGUAGAUCAAGAUCUGAUCCAAGAAAUAAAAUUGAAAAAUAUAAGUUCCAUCCCUUUCCUGCAUAUGAGAUCGGCAGAUGUCUAAGAUGGUGUCACUUUCUGGACAGAGAGGAUAUAUUGAAGAUGUCUCCAAAUCAAAUAAGAAAGUUAGUGCUUUGUUCAAAGCAUUUUGAAACUGGGCAGGACUUUAAUAAGGUAGGACCUUGUGAUGCAGUACCAACUAUAAAAGAUGUGUCACAAGUAAACACAGUCAAUUCAGAAGAAAAUGUGAAUGAUGAUCAACAACCAUUGGAAGAAUCGAACUGUACCAAUGGAGCUAAGGGAAAUAAGAGGCAAGGUGUUUCAAGACCUUUAGUAUCUAGUAAAAAACCAAAGGUAGAUAACAAGCCUACGCCUCUAGCGAAGAAACGUGGGAAAUCCAGGAGGCCAAUCCAUAUUAACAUUCCAAGGCCUGACCCUAAUAAUCUCGAGAAUCGUAUGGUAAAGAAACUACCACUUCCUCCUAAUUCCAAUUGGAAGAUUCAAAUCGCGGAUCAACUUCAACCUAUAACAAUUGCAAACCCCAUUACAUCGAAUUCUAUUGCAUCAAAUAUUACUAAUGUGCAAGGGAACAUAAAGAAAGUGAUUCUACCAUUUGCCACUGACAUAUCAAAUUUAGGUGCCCCUAUCCCAGUGCAUAGUUUGUCUAGCAUUCCACCGGGUUUACUAAUUAAAAUAGACCUUCCUGAGCAAGAGCAACAAGCUAAAACGAUUACAAGACUAAAUAAAACAAAAAUUGCGCACGCUCCUACUACUUCGAAUGAAGUCGAUCAACCACAGCAGGUGUGGUUGAAGAAUGGCGAGACGCUAGAAACAAUAUCACUCCUAAAUCAUCGUAAACAAGAGACUGAUAAGAAUUUAGUCGAAUUUUUGUCAUCUUCUUUGGACGACAGUGGAGAUCAAAUGACUACCGACGAAUUGGAAGGAAACGAAGAAAGUAUAUUGCCACAUGCCUUGGAAGUGUUAGACGAAGAAGUAGAGAAUGUGAAGGAAGCACUUUACGAGGACUUCGAAGAAGUUGAAUGUUUGCCACCGAAACCGCAGAAACCCGUGAAACGUAAAAAGAUCUCAGCAAUGAUGAGAAGAACAAUAUUUCCUAUUAGAAAUGAAGUAAAAUAUUUUUUACGGAAAUUAGCUCCGCACAUGCACAGACUACCCAGACGAACCAGAGCACAGAUAAAACUUUCGAUCGUCAACAUGGUAAUUGAUCAUUUGUAAAUUUAUUGGAUAAUUAUAGUAUGUAUUUUUAAGGGUAUACAAUUAAAUAUAAAAACUUUAAACUUGAGUGCACAUUACAGUUACUUAUACAUUACAAGAGACCAGAUAUAUACUCUUCGAACAGUGAUAAUUAAGAUAUAUUAUUUUUACUACAUAUUUAUAAUAUGAUGGUGAUAGGCAUGAUAAUAAUAGGUUGAUAAUGAAUACGAAAAAGUUCUGUAGAGUACAAAUGAUGUUUGUAGUACAUUCUUUAAACAUUUUUAACUAUAAUUUGCUUCUAUUAUUGUUGAAAUGUACUAUUUUAAAUAAAGAGAUAUUGCACUGUUGUGAAGGCUUAUAAAGCUUGACGACUUGGUUUGAAAAUUGACAGAACAAUUAAUGUUAUAUUUGAAAUUUUUAAGACGAGGGUGACACAAAUUUAAAUAAUAUAUAAUUCGUGUGGACAUACCUUGUAUUUACUUGCAUGUAUAUAUGAUGUACAUGUAUAAUUGUAUAGAUAGAGACUGCGAAGUAAAACGUGUAAAGAGUUUUGUUGCGCAAUAAAAUUUCCUGUAAAAAUACUA